AUGGCGAACACCUACAACAUCACCGCGAAAGAAACAUUCCCCAAAAGUUAUUGUCACCUCAACGCAACCCCUGAGCAAGUCAUCGAUCGCUUUGCAGUAUCCGAGCUGUGUCGUGCCUGGCCAGUGUACCGCGAUGCUUCUGAAUGGCAGAACUAUCGAGAUGCUUGGGCUGAUAAAGAAUCCUAUCUUUGGACCACGUGGGCUGGCGGCGUCGAUAUCGAUUCUUUUAUCGAGAUCUCGAAGAAAGGCCGUGCGAAUGGCAACAUGAUCAUGCAUCGUGAGAAUGGUACACUGGUCGAUCUUAAUCCUGAGACAGGUCGUGCUGUUGGCAAGAUGAAGGCCACAAUCACCCAACGCUUCAUGUUCCCCAACAACGCCUGUGACGUGGAAUGUGACUGUCGCUUCAUCUUCUACUGCGUCAAGAGUUCAGCCGGCUGGAAGAUCAAGUACUGCAAGCUCUUAUACGAAAAAGACAAGAAGAUCCUCGACAAGUUUCCUGAGGGGUAUAAGUGGCUUGGAGCUGCCCAGAAGAUUAUUGGGCAUGACAUGCUGUACGACUUGCCGACUAUAAACAAUGAGGGGUUCUUCGAGUUGUACGAGGCCAUGGAGCUGUGGCUCGAUGGGAAGGAUGAUGAGGUCGCGGGAAUCCUGCAUGUUCCUGGCCAUUGA